AUGUCGUUUUUAAUUUUCAUUCUCUUGCUCUUUUCCUCGAUAAGGGGCUUUCCCGCUAGGCCGUUUCCAAAUGGCAACGAAUCUGACCAUGAUAGGUCGCAAGUGCGGAUCUCAAUGGAUGUCAAUUUGGCGGCUGCAAACAUGAUUGAAAUGAUGCAGCGGUUGUAUCAGACGAGCGGGGUAGCCUUUACUGCGAAUGAUGCUCAAACGGGAAGUCGUUUACUGAAGCAAGAUGGCAUCUUUACAAAGCCUCCAAUGGUGCCGUCAGCAAUGAACAAUAAUGAGGAGAUGAAAUCAUCGAGUAGGCACGAUAAUGGCCACGAGUACAUCAAUCCAGCAGUUAUUGAUCGGAAUACAGUAGAUGUUAUAUUUGAGACAAUGCCAAACAUACCACCAGAAAUAACCAAUGUUCUGUCACAACUGGAUGGUGAUUUUGCAGAAUAUAUUCUAACCAAUGCCAUCAAUCCCAUUGAUAUUAUUAGGGAAAUGAACGAAAAAACACUAAAGCUGGCAAUCAUUUAUGUCCCAGUUUUCUCCAGGCUACUUGCACAAGCGGACGCGGAAACGAUUCAUUCGACUUUCUACAAAAUACCAAGACCUUGCGAAUAUUUAUUAAGUUUGGACGCCGACAUCAUUUACAUUAUUAAAAACCAAUAUACAUGGCUGGAUAUUUGCUUUACAGCAAUAUUCGCAAAAACUAAUCCAAGAGCGAUCUUCACGGACUACCAGCUUGUGUACAUCAAUAAGAAAAUACCCAACUUUAAGGUACUGAUGGACCGCAUACCGGCUGAUAAAUGGAAUGCGAAAAAUAAGAUUGCGGUUGCGGCAGCACAUAUGCUGCUAGUUAUGCCCGAUUACGAUAUUCGCGUGUUGAAUGAGGUUCUUGAUGUCGUAACAAGUACAACAUCGAAUCAAGAGCUAAAGAAGAUGUUGGUGAAAAGAGGUGCUGAAUUGCAGGGUGCUUUCCUACUGAAUCUACUAUUAGAUGGAGCAGAGCAGCGUAUUGAGGAAAUUGUCCCAGAGGAUACAACACCACCAACUGAGGAAAGUGAAGAGUAUGAAGAGUCAAUAGAAGGCACAAUAAAGUUCAUGUUGAGUCCAAAGAAAAGGACUAUUCCUCAAUACGAAUAUUAUGAAUCUGUGAAGAAGAGAAAGCACUGGAAGGAGGCUUUUGCAUCCAUGACUUAUACAGAAAUGGCCUAUGUCAUCACCCGAGUUGGAGACGCCGAUGACUUUAUGUCGCAAAUGCCGAUUAGUGUCAUUGAAAGAUGUGUUAAGAAUUUGCCAAAAGUUGAAGGCGUGAAUGGCUUCGAUGAAUAUAAGACAUUUGACAACAUUAAAUAUCCUAAAACAAUGGAAAAGCUAUAUGGUGCUACCACAACAACGACAUCUACCACAGCAACUUCGACACCGGCAACAACCACAACAUUGACUUCAGCACCAGCCACAUCAACAUCAACAGUACCGGAAGCCACAGAAACAUCGAAUCUGCCUGCAGCCACAACAACAUUGGCACCGGAAACAAAUGCAACAACACUGGCUCUGUCAACGACCUCAGCAACAUCGAAACUGGUAACAAUAACAACCUCGGUUCUGCCAACAACUACAUUAGCAUCAACUCCACCAACCACCACAACAACAUCGACUCCACCAACCACCACAACAACAUCGACUCUACCAACAACAACAACAUCGACUCCGGCAACAACCACAACAGCUUCUUCGACGUCAACCGUUGCAAGUAUUGAGAAGCUAAAGAGUAUAGAAGAAACAAAGAAGUUCUUGCUGAGACCGGAUAUUCAAAGUUGGAGGUUCCAUCAACUCGAUGCAGCAAUUAGCAAGUUGAAGUAUGUUAAGGAGGCUGUUAUGACCAUGACCUAUGAAGAAUUGGCGCGAGUUUUACCCUUGUUCUCCGAUAUGGAUGAUUUUCUAUCAAAGAUGCCCGUUGAUUUCAUUAAAGGCUGUAUAGCCAAUUUGCCAAAAUACGAAAAAUUUGCGCAUUACAGAGAUUUCUCUUAUAUGCGCUUUCCAAAGACACUGGAGAAGGUCUAUUUGGGACCAGUGAACACGAUCGAAGCAACGAAGAGGUUUAUGCUGCAUGAUAUACUGAAAAAGCUACAUAAUUACCAAUACGAAAGGAGUGUUUUCAAUAAGAAAUAUCAUAAAGAGGCAUUUGCUUCGAUGACAAACGAAGAAAUGGCUUAUGUUGUCGGACGACUUUCUAAUCCUGAUUAUUUUCUUCCAAAGUUGCCUUUUAAUGUCAUAAAACGUUGUGUUGAGAACCUGCCAAAGGUCAAAAAUGUUGAGGGAUUUGAUCCGAGGCAAUUCACCCACAUAAAUUUCCAAAAUACCUUCAGACAUUACAUUUUGGAGAAGACAAAGGAGGAGACUCUCGAAAACACCAAAGAAUUGAUGCUUAGUCCAGUGUUUCGGGGAAUGGAAUAUGAAAAUAUGGUGCGUAAGAGGCUGCAUUGGAAGGAGGCGUUUGCAUCUAUGAAAUGUGAGCAAAUGGCCAUGGUGUUACUCCGCGUCGCAUAUAGGGACCAGUUUCUAUCAGAGAUGCCCAUUGAUGUCAUUAGACGAUUUGUCAGGAAUCUUCCCAAACUUAAUGAAGAUCUUAGAGGAUACUUCCGUUUUAACCACUACUCGUUUCCAAAAACCUUGAGGAAACUCCAAGGAAAAUCAUAG